GGCAAAAGCAUUUCAGUUGGGCUGCACAAAAGCUCAUCAGUCGCUCACCACACUUGCCGAUGGAUAGCUAGACAACGCUGACACUAACGCUAGAUGACGAAAAAACUAAAUUCGAAAAAACAAUUACAAAAACAGAACACACCUAAAAACGUCACAGUGUGAUUUUUAUUUUAAACGCGUGCGAUAGCUAUUUUUUUUUUGCUAACUAAUGACCUUACGUUACGCCGUGGGAUGGGUGGUGAUUUCUAUUCAGGUAUUUGCUUAGAGCCGAGAGUGCGGUGGUAAUGUGGCUUCACGGUUAAAGCCAAAGCAUAUGACAGACCAACAAGUACGACGCAGAACAGCUGAAGCGAUCACAGACACGGCGGUGUGAGCGAAUUUUUUUCCUAAUUGUCUACAAACGUGUGUUGCUGUACGCGUGUGUAUGUGUGUGUGUGAAUGCUGACUUGCCAUGCAAUCAUGCUGACACUAAUGACCGCGACGGGUGUACCUGUUGGAGAAACGUAUUUCUAUCUACCAGUUGAUAUCUAAUGUACACUUUUUUUGCUGAAGCAACCGCACACACAAACAAACGCAAAGGUACGCGGUUACAGUGAUUUCAAUGCGCAAACAUUCUAUGCUUUGCAUGUAACUAUUAAUGAGUAAUGUGUGUAUGUGUGUGUCAGUGGCUUUGUAAAUCCACAUAUUGUUGCGUCGUCUAUUUGCCAGUGGCAUGCAACGCAGGUCAUUAACGCAUAUCUAAGUGUAAAAAGGCGAAAAACGUCAGCAAGGAGGCGAGUGGUGCGCGUCACACGAAGUAGCAAAUAAUAAUAAUGAGAAAAUCAUAUCAAAUAAAUUGAAAGUAGUGUGUGUGUGUGCAGAGGACAGUGUUUUUUCCAACAACUACAAAUUAUGACAAACAAAUAUAUAUUAUAAAGUGAAUAUAUGCAACACACACGUGCAACAUUCGAACACACACAUACAAAUGCAAUUCGAAAAUCGAAAAUUCCAAAAUAGUUUACACAAAAACUAACUUCCAAACGCCUACAAAUAGACUUCAGCUGGCAACGGUGUCAAAAUAAACGCGUUAGUUCGUAUGCAAAUUACCGUUAGUAACAACAAACAAUAACAAAGUAACUAUUACAAAAAUAUUUGCCGUUUAUUAUGCAUACAUAUGCGCAUGCAUGCAAGUGUGUGGAGGCGUUCAUACAAUCGGUUUGUCAAUUAUUUAGUCAGCUAGACGCUACGUCAAAAUAUAAGCGAAAAAUAUGACAAGCGAAACAACGUCAAUUAAUGCCAUGCAGCGUCAGCUGCUGACAAUCGACAAGCUACGCAAUCGUGUACGUCAAAUGUUGCGUUGUGUUAUAAAUUUGCAUAUUGAAUUUUUGGUUCUCGAAUCGAAUGUCAACCAAAUGAUGGACGAUGUGAAGAGUUUCAAUGAGGAGCUACUUGAAGUGCAGCGCUUAGAUGCGCUCAUUAGCGCCUUACGCGAUUAUAGCGGCCCGACAAUAUGCCAUGAAUGGCCCUAUCCACUCAUAUUCAAGGGUACCAUCGAUGAUGCAGAUGUCGCACAAAUACUCAAUGCUAGGAAGAAAGUGGAUAAAAGUAACAACAAUAACAACAUAAAUGAGAAGAAUAUCGAAUGUGAACUAAAACGAAAAACUGCGAUGAAUUCUUCAAAGAAUCAUGAGCUUAGUAAUGAUGUGACAUAACAUUUAGUUAGAUCUUUAAUCACCUGUAAUUAUAUAUAUUUUUUAAUAACUCAGACUCAGUAACACUAAGUUAGUAGCCGCAAGUAUAAAAGUAUUAAGAUAUGUAAGCCUUUAACCUAACACUAAUGCAUAUGAAGUAAUAUAGAUAGAGACAUAAUAUAUUAUAAUAUUUGUAAAACAUAUCUACAAGCAUAAUGUAUAAUUGUACAACCUUCUUAAAGGUAUCAUAUCAUGUAUUUUAUAAAACGAAAGAAUUCUAUACUUGAACUAAAGUUGUAUGUAUUUUAUGCUUAGUAAAGCCUUACCAACAAUGUAGUUAGGAAUGUCAAUGAAGUUGUGCCAAUGGAUUACAAUGUACUCGUAUGUAAUGAGAUUAUUUUACUAGUAAAUAUACAUAGACUGUGCGAAA